CAGUCAGAGGGGUAGCGGCUGAUUUCUGUAAUGAUUGAUUUUAGCAGAGGGGCCUCAGGGGUGUAAAGGUUAAGUCUGCAAUGUCCCAAGGGCAAACAAAUUUGCUAACGUUGAAUAAAGUCCAAUGGGGCUCCCACAGUAGCAGAACAGAUUCAGUGUAUCAUCCUCAGACAGAGGUUGUGAUAUCAUGGAUCUUCUCCACAGUUGGGGGGUUGAGUUGGCGGUCCAUCUGCAGACUAAGUACAGCACAUACAAUGGCUUGUUUAGCCUGGCGUCCACGGUGGCCGACCUGCACACUGCGUUCUUCUUCUUCUUCCCAAUCUGGUUCCACCUGCGGAGGGACACAGGGCUCAGGCUUAUCUGGGUGGCUGUCCUCGGAGACUGGCUCAACUUGGUCCUGAAAUGGGUCCUGUUUGGGGAGAGACCGUACUGGUGGGUUCAUGAGACCCGGUUUUAUGGAGAAGGACCAGCCCCUGUUCUGCAGCAGUUUCCCAUCACAUGUGAGACUGGACCAGGAAGCCCUUCAGGUCACGCUAUGGGUGCAGCCGGUGUCUGGUAUGUGAUGGUAACAGCGCUGCUCUCUGCUGCAGCUGAGAAGCGAUGUCCCCCUGUGUUAUACAAAUUCUUGCAGAUCAGCCUGUGGACAUUAAUGGGCUUGGUAGUGCUAGUGGUCUGCAUGUCCAGGGUCUACAUGGCGGCCCACUUCCCACACCAGGUCAUUGCUGGAGUUUUUACAGGUAUACUUGUAGCUGAGGUUGUCUCAAGGGAGAAAGGGAUCUACAGCGCCAGCAUGAAGAAAUACUUCUACAUGACCCUCUUCUUGACCUCCUUUGCUGUUGUUUUCUACCUCCUGCUCAAAGCUGUGGGCGUGGAUCUGCUUUGGACAAUAGCGAAAGCCCAAAAGUGGUGCAUAAGGGCAGACUGGGUCCACCUGGACUCCACACCCUUCGCCAGCCUCCUUCGUAACAUGGGUACCCUGUUUGGUCUGGGUCUUGGCCUGCACUCGCCCCUCUACACUGAAACCAAGAAGAAGAAAACCAGCUUCAAGAUUGGAUGUAUUAUCAUCUCCUUAUUUCUGCUUUAUCUGCUGGAUGGAUGGACAUUUUCUUCUGAGAAUCUUACAACUUACUACCUCCUGUCUUUUGGUAAAAGCGCGGUUGCACUUUUAAUCCCAACCACUCUGGUUCCCUGGGCUCUCUGCGGGAUUUUCAAGGGAAAGAGAGAAGACAAGAACUUGUGAUUCAGGUCCUACUUGUUAAAAAAAUACACAAAAA